AUGACUAGUCCAGAUCUAUUCCACCAUGUUAGAGUGAACAACUCGACCAUGAAAGCCUCACAUGUCAACAUUCAGACCAUGGAAUAUAAAUCUCACCGUAAAUGCGUUGAUGAAUAUGAACAUGAGAUCUUGGAUCAUUUAUUGAGUUUUGAGCAAAAAACUUUACCUAGCUUGCAGUUAAUUCAACAACAACCGGAAAUUAAUCUUAAAAUGAGACCAUUACUUUUAGAUUUUUUGAUGGAUGUCAUCAAUAAGUUGAAUUUGUCUAAAUCUACUUUUCCGUUAACUGUCAAUUUGAUCGACCGAUAUUGUUCGACCAGAAUUGUGAAGAAGCAACAUUAUCAAUUGUUGGGAUUAACCAGUCUUUGGGUCAGUUGUAAAAACUUGGAUUCAAAGUUCAAAAUUCCCUCUUUAUAUGAUCUAUGCAAAAUGUGUUGCAAUUGUUACGAUAGAAGGUUGUUUUUAGAAAUGGAAAAUCAUUUACUAAAGUCCCUUAAUUGGCUAAUUCAUGUUCCCACAUUUGAUUCCUUUGUCGACUUAUUUUUAAACUUGCUUCUAAAUAGUGACUUAGCUGGAUCUAACAGCAUUAAAAAGCAUGUGAACGACAUAAAGGUUUUAUCAAUUUAUAUUUGUGAAUUAAUCCAGUUCUAUCCUAACAUUUACUUCAACUAUAAUUCUUCCCAGAUAUCUCUCGGUGUUGUCAUAAUCAGCUUGCAUAUUUUGGAUAUUCCUGUUAACUUACAUAAGUACUUGGAUUUCUUCAACGCUACAACCAUGAAAGAAGUAUUAUCUGUUCAAUCAUUUAAUACCUUGUUCCAUAACUUAUUGAAAAUAUUGAAGUGUCCUCCACCAUCUUUGAAAUUGAAAUAUUUCAAUGAUAAAAAGAAUCCGCUUCAUUUGAUGAAAUUAUUGAUUAAUUUCACAAAUAGUAACAUUGAGCCUAUGACUCCCAAAGUAAGCACAAUUCAUUUACCCCCAACUCCAGUGAGUAAUAACAUAAGUCCUAGAGAUGAUUGUCAGGUAAAUCUGUUCGUUCCCAACAUGAGCUCAUCUCCAUUUGCAGUGUCUAACAUUCAUUCUCCUCCAAUUGAUACAGAUAUGCAGACAACUGUUCCAAGAAAAAGGUCAGUAGAGAACAUGGAAGAUAGAGGACCUGCGAGUUCUCAUUUGAAAAGAUCGAAGUCUAUCACACCCAUGUUUUUCAUAUCAUGA